AUGGCCAACAUGGAAUCGGAAACCGAGAGAAAUACGCGGUUGAACGCAGCCAUGUUUCCAAGUUCGAGCGACUCGAUUCAAUUGUACAAGAACCAGAACAAUUCGUCAGAUCUACUUGGCCGACUAUAUUAUGACGACUUUGACUCGAACGACUUGGUGAUACCGGCAAGGACUCCCAACGGGGCAACGCCGACGAUAGUCGCAUCGUCCGCCAACGGAUCAGGUGUAACGACACCAUUACUUACACCAUCGCAGGAGAAGAUGGGCGGACCAGAAUAUUUCAGCAUCAACCCCAACGGCCGGCCCAAGUCGGCACUUGUAUCCUCGGCGUCGUCGUCAUCUCUAGACUUGCCAGCCAUGAAUGCAAGCUCAAACACAUCCAGCAACUCAGCCAGGUCGGGCUCAGCGAGAAUCAAAUUGGACCGUGGCGUUUCGUUCGACACCGUGCCCCAGGGCUCCCGCAAAUCGUACACGAUAAAGUCCAAGCACCCGCAAUUUCGAUUCCGUCGCAACAACAAGACGUGGUUGUUUGGAUUCAACAACGACGCAGAAAGCACCAAGGCUCUCGAGUGGCUUUUCGACGGCAUGAUUAUCCAUGGGGACACAUUGAUCAUCUUGCAAGUGCUAGACGAGAAAAAAGUAGGCAGUGGCACUGGCACCACCGCUGUUACCGCGGGCGGCAUAGACAAGAAGCAAGCUGCGGCGCAUCUACAGCAUUUUGAAGAGUUGAAUGUCCACCAAAAGAAAAUCUCCAUUGUGUUUGAAGUCGUCACUGGCAAGCCCGAGAAAUGCCUAAAACUAGCCAUCGAGGAAUAUAGCCCCAGUAUGAUGGUGAUUGGUACUCACCACUAUAACCCGGAAAAGGAACACCACCGAAGUCUCUUUGGGUCGUCAAGCAUCUCGAAGCAUUUCUUGGAGUGCGCUUUGGUGCCCGUAAUCGUGGUGAAGCCAAACUACCAAUACACCGAGUACUUGAGCAAACCGAUUGAUUCGGAGGACUACUUCAAGAACUGGAUGAAGAACACCGAGCUAGAACACCUGCAUCACACCGGAAGUGCCACGAUAAACGGAGACGAUGCCCAGCUACUGGCGCUGCUGGCACUGCUGGCGGCGAGCCAGGGAUCUGACAAGUCAUCACAAGGUUCGCGAACAAAGUCAUUUUCAAGAUUGCUCUUUGGCAGACACGAACACUGA